CGCUACCAACCUAAUGGCUACAGUUGCGCAGGUUGCCAACGGCGUCGGAAUCGGAAUCGGAAUCGAUGUGCGAAAAGGUAGCCUCAGCCGCCGAGCCACACCUACUAUGUCCAAUCCCUCACUAAUGGCGAACAGAAUCUUUUUCGGGUUGACUGCCCGACGCGCUGCCCCUCUUCGUUUUGACUCGGUUGUUUCCAUCCGUGGUGGGUUCUCCAACUACCACCGUUUUCUCCCGCCGCCGGUGUCAGUGCUUCCUAGAGCUUGUCCGGCUGAUCAGCCUACUCCUUCAGGGGAAGGUGUUGAAAAUUUGGUAAUCAUAGGUUCAGGCCCUGCUGGUUACACAGCAGCAAUCUAUGCAGGUCGUGCCAAUUUGAAGCCUGUAGUGUUUGAGGGAUAUCAAAUAGGCGGUGUCCCUGGUGGACAAUUGAUGACUACCACAGAGGUUGAGAACUUUCCAGGGUUUCCGGAGGGAAUCACUGGUCCAGACUUGAUGGAUAGGAUGCGGUGUCAAGCAGAGCGUUGGGGAGCAGAGCUUUUCCAAGAAGAUGUGGAAUUUGUUGAUGUGAAUAGUAGGCCUUUUACUGUACAAAGUUGUGAUCGUAAGGUAAGCUGCAAUAGUAUUAUAGUGGCUACGGGAGCGACUGCUAAACGACUCAAUUUACCUCGUGAAGAAGAAUUCUGGAGUAGGGGAAUUAGUGCAUGUGCAAUCUGUGAUGGAGCUUCACCACUUUUUAAGGGUCAAGUUCUUGCUGUUGUUGGAGGAGGCGAUACAGCAACCGAGGAAGCAAUAUAUCUGACUAAAUAUGCAAGUCACGUACAUUUACUUGUACGCAGGGAUCAAUUAAGGGCAUCAAGAGCUAUGCAGGACAGAAUUCUUGAUAAUCCAAACAUCACAGUGCACUUCAACACAGAGACGGUUGAUGUUGUCAGCAAUACUAAAGGGCAGUUGUCUGGCAUCUUGAUCAGAAGACUUGAUACAGGAGAGGAAUCAGUACUGGAGGCCAAAGGAUUAUUUUAUGGAAUUGGUCAUUCUCCAAACAGCCAAUUGCUGGAAGGCCAAGUUGAUCUUGAUGACACGGGAUAUAUUUUAGUUCAGGAGGGGACUGCAAAGACAUCCAUUGAAGGGGUGUUUGUUGCUGGAGAUGUUCAGGACCACGAAUGGAGGCAAGCUGUAACUGCAGCUGGAUCAGGAUGCAUUGCUGCUCUAUCGGUGGAGAGAUAUCUUGUCAGCAAUAAUCUUCUUGUUGAAUUUCAUCAGCCCCAUCCUGAAGAAGUUAAGGAAGAGGUCACACAAAGAGAUGGGGAGGAAGGAUUUGACAUUACACUUACCAAGCACAAGGGCCAGUAUGCAGUACGGAAAUUGUACCAUGAAAGUCCCAGGCUCAUUUGUGUAUUAUAUACCGCACCAACAUGUGGUCCAUGUAGGACCUUGAAACCAAUUCUCAACAAGGUGAUCGAUGAGUUUGAGCAGAAUGUACAUUAUGUUGAGAUUGAUAUAGAAGAAGAUGCGGAAAUUGCAGAGGCAGCCAAUAUCAUGGGUACACCGUGUGUCCAAUUCUUUAAGCAUAAAGAAAUGAUCAGGAGUUUAUCAGGGGUGAAAAUGAAGAAAGAGUACAGAGAAUUCAUCGAAGCAAACAAGUGAGCUUUUAUAUAAGCUAUCAACUGGGUUUAUUGUGAACCAAUUUUGAUACUCUAAACUCGUUUUGCCGUAGCAGACAGUUUCCCGAUGCUUAACUGUUGUAUUUUGGGAAGUUUAUCGGAUAUUUGAAAUCAGCUAUAGCAUGCACAUUUCUUUGGGUUUGGAUCAUUCACAGGUUUAGCUGUAUGUUGGUUAAACUUUUGAUAUUUGGGUUGCAUGUAAUGUAAUUUGUCGCUGGUUUUGUUGUUAAAUCAUUGAACGAAGAACACAAGUUGUGGGGCCAAUUGUUGAUGGUAGACCCAUGGAGUGUCCUUGCUAAUUGA